AUGGGGGUUCUUCGUGCAUGCGCGCUGCCGAGAUCUCGUGUCACGUUCUUCAAAUCGAUUCAAAAGUUCAAAAACGACGACUACGGCUACGGGAUGCUGGUCCUUAGAACAGCUUUGUCUCCUGAAUCUGACGAGCAGUACAGGCUUGAGAUCAACGACGGGCCAAUUCCUAUGCAGACGACAGUGGGCCGCAGCCCAGAUCAAUCGAGCGGCCCACGCUCGGAUAAACGAACACCCACUGCUGGACCGGCUCGCUGGGCUCGGCUUCAUCUUCUUCUCUGCCCCCAAAUCGCCAACAACGACAACGGCGGCCGGUGGCCGGGUGGUUCAUCAAGGCUGGCCGCCGGCGACCAGAGAGGCGGCGGCGGCGGAGGAGGAAGGCCGCGCGGACAGCAAUGGUGGGAGCGGAGGAGGACGGGUUUACGUGCUGCGUGCAAGCGGAUCUGGGGGAAGGCGGCGCCCGCAGCAGCGCAGAAGAACACUCGGGUAAUGCUUGUUCUGUAUUCUGUGAUAAAAGCAUGUGUAAUUUCCUCAAGGUCUGCCAGUUCCUGCAGAUGUAUCAUCCACACAGUGGCCAUUGAACUGAAGCUUUAUAAAAAGGUGCACCUUGCCUUCAACCAUGUUGAAUUAAUGUAUGCUUCUUACUAGCCUCCAAAGCUAGUAAUUCCCAUAGCCUCACAGAGAAAUUUGCUAGUAGAAGAAGUUAGACGUGCGCAGUAGAUUAGGGCCUUAGUGGUGUGGGAGAGGUUUCUUCACACACACACAUCUCCAGAAUGGCAUAUAUAUGGAUGAUGCAAGCUUGCAUAAGUGAUUUCGCGGCUGGAGAAGCACAUCACUAGGAUAUGGCAUUGGGAAUGGUUGGCAUCCAGAAACACAUCUCCUGUCCAACAAGCAAGACAUGUUUACACUUUACAGAUGAGAUAAGAGAAAAAAGUCCCGUAUGGUUUUGAGAAAUAGACUCUUGUUGAGUUAAGAGAAAACUGUCUACCAUUCCCAUGUAUUUCCAAACAAACGAAGCUACAAAAAGUAUCGCUAGAUCUGCUUACUAUCAACACGACAAGCAGGUGAACUUGUUUUGCAGUGUACAAAGUAUAUAUUUCCCCAUAUUAUUCAGAGAUAUCUCCUCUGCUUUUAUCAGAACAACAGACCAUUGAAUUGCA